UGAACUUAAACCAUCAUCGUUAAAUAUAUCUUCAGAAGCUCUUUUAAUAUAUGCUUUGCCUUCUCGUCCAAUUAUACACAAGCAGCGCGCGCCAGUUGAAUAUUUACUCGAGGGGUGCUUAUAACUUGGCUGCCACUGACUAGGCGUAACAUGAACCGAGCGGGCCCGAGGGCUUCCAGCUAUAGCUGACGCCAUGGGGCUGGCCACAGCGUCAGCUCGGCAAAAUGUGUAUCUGUGAAAAAAAAAUAGCUGGCUUUAAUAUGUUUUGUACGAAGGAGUUACAAGCCGAAAACCGAUCGACACGUCAGGAGUUGAAUUCGGAUCAAAGAAUUCAAUCCGACAAAGUGAAGGGUUUGCCUUCCAGGAAAAGUCAUAGUAAAUGCUGCUGAAACAGCUAGUGAGGAUUUGAGAGAUUUCAGUGGCCAGAGAUGAGUUGUUCGGAUAGGACAUUAUUGCAGUUUAUCGCGGUUAUUUUUGUGAUUAACGUACAUGCCGCUAUGGACCAGGAUAGGUUUAAUCCAUUCGAACAAAAGGAUAUCUCGCGGGAUCUAAAUGGGGUUCUUUUCACGGAAAUUAAGAACCUGACCGUCGGUGAGGUCUGUCGUUGGAACCACCAAUGUGAAUCAAGCUGUUGCGUAGAACUCGUCGACUCCCCUCAGGGGCGUCAGUGUGCAAAUCUUGGCACGCCUGGCAAAAGCUGUUCCACAACUAAUGUAAAGGGAGGCUACUUCGUGGGUGCUUGCCCCUGCAUUGAUUCAAAAGGAUGCAUCCGGCUUGAGACAUCACUUCUAGGGCAGUGUCAACAAUCAAAGGUCGAUCAGGAUGUUACAAUUAUUUCGACGACGGUGCAACGAACACGACCUAACAAUUCAAUAGUAAUUAGAUAUUAACCAAUAUUUAAAUUGUACAAUUAGGCGCGAAUACGAUAUUCGUAAUGGCCAAAAAGUGGUCGGCGGCCGUAUUUAUUAGUGGCAGAGUGAAUUGAACGAGAACGGCGGUUUGUUUACCGUAACGUUCCAAACGUUAUCGUAUAUUUCCAUUGUGAUUAUUUUAUCUACGUAUUUAUGCACUAUGUAAAUGUUAAAUAAACUAAAUGUCAGUACUUUGUCUUUCACUUUUCAUAUUGCGAUUUAAUAAAUUAGC